UACACCUCCAACCACCCACCAUGAUUUCCAACCUCUCAUCAUUGCACCAAUUUGUUUCUUUUAAGUGACUAUCCGUCAAAGAUCCAAGCUUUUUUGCUGUCUUACUCUAAAUAGCUCUCCCCAGCUCCUACAAACUCAAAGCUUUCCCUGCCCUUAAGUUCACUAUGGUUCCUUCUGAGAAAACAAACCUAAGCGAAAAGAAAAAAUCAAGAAGAAGAAGAAAUGGGUUGUUGGGUUUUCUCUAAGCCACAUGUAGCAGUUGCUCUAGCCUUGGCUCUCUUGCUUUGCAAUGCUCCUCUUUCUUCCUCCGUUCCAGCGCCUCCUCCUCGAAAUUCUACUGGAGAGGAUGGAGAUGAAUUUAGAAUGACAAGAAGGGACUGGACUGGUGUUCUUCUGGUGUAUGGUCCGCCAAUGGGGAUAGCUUUACUGAUGGGUCUCCUCUUCCAUAUGUGUGAUCUUCUCAAACAUAGAACAUUAGUCACAGUUCAGGUUGUGGUAUCUGCUAGAGGCGGUGACAUUGGAGGAGCACUCCAUGAUGUUGCUGCAAGUGCUUUUCAUUGGACGGAAUCAAUGGAAGGAACCAUAAGAAAGCUGGUGGGUGAACAGCAGAACUUCAUAUAUGGCUCCACAUCUGUGAAAGUGAGACGUGGGAUAACCUAUCAUGGGCUCAAGCGGCAUCUGGGAGAUUUGGCAAGCAAGGAAAUGAAGAAACUGGAGAUCCAACGUGUCAAACUCGAGAAUGGCCAACUAGUGCCCAAGUUGGGUCUUAAACAGAACAAGGACUACACUCUGGUGGCAGAGGUGAUAUGGGGUUAUAAGGAUCCGUUUGCAGCCAUGAGAUUGCUUGACAGUUGCCCAAAUCUGAAGUCGUUCGUAGCUUAAAACAGGAUGCUGCAGCAUGAUGAUCACUAACUAGUGUUUCUGGUUUUCGGCUAGUAAGAGUAAUUCGUGUUUGAAGGUCAUUUUGUGUGUGGAAGACUGUUGCCAUUUGCAUAUUAGUUUGAGUUCCGUAUGUUACCCAAUAGGAGCCUGACUCUAGUACUACAUCCUUCAAUUAUGUGUUGACUUUUGCGUUGGAUUGUUGGCUACGGAAUCCGCUUGUGUUUUGUAACUUGUUUUCUGCUUCGGUAAGGGUAAACCUUGUGUGUCUAUUCUACAUGGGCCUAGCACAUAUGUUGAGUUCUUCCUUGGGAGCCAACGCUACAAAUUGGUCUGGCUGGAACAUCGGAUUCCAUGUUAUUGUUCCUGCUAUGGCAAAUUGGCAAUACAUCCAAACCAGAAACCUUUGAGGCCAUCCCGUCUAUUUUUGGGCUACCCACUACAACCAAAGCUUUUCUGGAAACCAAGCUGUAACUCACAGUCCCUUCAUAUAUACACAUCCAACCACCCACCUUUAUUUCCACCUCUCAUAAUUGCACCAAUUUGUUUCCUUAAAUGACUAUCCGUCAAAGCUCAAAGCUUUUUUACUGCCUUACUCUAAAUAGCUCUUCCCCUGCUCUUAAGUUCACUAUGGUUCCUUCUGAGAAAACAAGCCUAAGCGAAAAGAAGAAAAAAAUCAAGAAGAAGACUAAGAAGAAGACUAAGAAAUGGGUUGUUGGGUUUUCUCUAAGCCACAUGUAGCUGCUGCUCUAGCCUUGGCUAUCUUGCUUUGCAAUGCUCCUCUUUCUUCCUCCAUUCCAGCGCCUCCUCCUCGGGAUUCUACUGGAGAGGAUGGAGACGGAUUUACAAUUACAAGAAGUGAAGUCCAUGCUUUGGUUCUUUUUGUGUAUGGUCUGGUGGGGAGUUUUGCACUGAUGCCUUUUGUCCUCUUCGUGUAUGAGUUUCUCAAACAGAGAACAGUUGUCACAGUUCAGGUUGUGGUGUCUGCUAGAGGUGGUGAUAUUGGAAGUGCACUCCAUGAUGUUGCUGCAGGUGCUGUUGGUUGGAGGGGAACACUGAAAGGAACCAUAAAAAAGCUGGUGGGUGAACAGCAGAACUUCAUCUAUGGCUCCAGCUCUGUGAAGGUGAGACGUGGGACAACCUAUCGUGGGCUCAGGCGGCAUCUGGCAGAUUUGGCGAGCAAGGAAGUGAAGAAGCUGGAGAUCCAACGAGUCAAACUCCAGAAUGGCCUACUAGUGCCCAAGUUGGUUCCCAAACAGAACAAGGAUUACACUCUGGUGACAAUCAUGGUGGCUCUGCAUGGUGCUCACCAACUUCCUUCCGUUGACAGCAGUAGUGAGGAAAUGAAAGAUGCUCUCAAACAUCUGGAUACCAAACUUAAUCAAAUUCUGGUGGCAGAGGUGGUAUGGGGUUAUAAGGAUCCGUUUGCAGCCAUGGGAUUGCUUGAGAGUUGCCCGAAUCUGAAGUCCUUCAUUUCUUAAAACAGGAUGUUGUAGGAUGAUGGUCACUAGCUAGUGUUUCUGGCUUUCUUUUAGUAAGAGUAAUUCAUGUUUGAAGUUCAUGUUGUGUGUGGAAUACGUAGUGAUAACUAAGGGGGAACUAAGAAGCUUUAUGGGAUUAAUGUAUUUCUAGCCCAAGAGGGCAAGCCAAGACUGUUGCCAUUUGGAUAUUAGGUUGUUUUUCCUUAUGUUUCCCUUUCCCAGCAGGAGCUUGACUCCAGAACUACAUCUUUUCAAUUAUGCGUUGACUUUUGUUUUGGAUUGUUGUCAACGGAAUCGACUUGUGUCUUCAAACUUGUUAUAUGCUUGGGCCUGUCACGUAAUG